CUCUACAUCUAUGUAUCUUCAACGCUUCAUAUCGAUUAUCGAAGAACUACCCUUUCAAGUACCUUUUCGCAAAACACGAAGCUAUGGAUCACGAUGAGAAAACUUCCACAGCUCUUGUUCGUAAGAGAAACGAUAUGGAGCUGAUGCCUCCUCCGCCAGCCCCGAAGCGAAUCAAGCGACCAAAGAAAAUCAUCGACGAAGAUAGCUAUACAGAUGCGCUAUCGCAAAUAAUUGCACGAGAUUUCUUCCCUGGACUUCUCGAGAGCGAAACACAACAAGAAUAUUUAGAUGCGAUCGAAUCUAAGGAUGAAGUUUGGAUUUCAAGCGCAAGUCGACGCCUUCAGCAAGUUAUGACCCCGGGACGCCGAAGAGCAAGGAGAGGAACGUCAUUAGCACCAGGCGCGCAAACACCAAGGGGCUUCGUUGGAGAUACCCCGAUAUCAGUAUCAUCUGAAUCCACAACCUCAUUCUUGAAAGAGAAAGACGAGAUCGAUACGAAUAUGAGCUUGGGCGCUUUCCAGUCCAAAUAUACAAGCGAAGAUAACGAGAGUUUCUAUAAACUCUUGGAUAAACAGAAUUUAAAAAAGGCCGAGAAAUAUGCAUGGCUAUGGACUGGGAAUAAAUUGCCUUCUAAAAUGCAGUUGAAGCAAAAACAAAUCGAGGCAAAGCUGAUGGAGACGCGAAGCUUGACAGAUGACGGAUUUAAGAAAGAUCGUUUAGCUAUCAAGGAUCGAGAUGAGAGGCCCUCUCAACCUACCACGAAGAGCUCAGCACCGAAAAACUCUUUGAUGUUCAUCCCGGAGGGUAUAGAAGAAUCGAUGGUGACUAGAGUGCAGAAGGCGGAAGCCGAGUCUCGAGCCGCGCCGAGGGGGGUGAAUUACGAGAACACUAGGUUACCAGGACCGAAGAUUACCGACGACGAAUCGGUACCAUCGUCCCCAUCGUUGUCAGCCGUCCGGGAUGCUAUCGCGGGAAAACGAGGAACCAGCGAACUCGAUUCCACUACCGUAGGGAGCGAAACGCCCAGAGUUAAUGGAUACGCAUUUGUGGACGAUGAAGAGCCGGAGUACGAGGCGCCAACGGCACCAAAGAUUGAUCUUGGACCUGGCGAUUCAACGCCGAAUCCUUUCAUUAUCAAGGAACAAAGUAAAAGGGAGGCCCUUCACCAUCGCAUGGUCGAUCGGAUAUCGCAGUCCAAAAGAACGUCAUCUAAAAUUGGAUUGACUGGAAGAGUUGACAUAACGCCUGUCCCUAAGUUUCCAAGUAGUCCUCGUGUUACGGCAGGCCUCACGCCAGCAGCUCAGCGACUUUGGAGUAAAAUUGGUGGAAGUGGCGGAAGUACGCCAAGAACGCCUUUCGGCCAAAGUUCACCGAUGAGAGGAAGAAGUUCCAAGUUGAAGCAUGUCACGAAGUGACACAGGAAUAGAUAUGACUUAUGAUACAAAUAUGAUACCCCUAUAAUGAUUAAAGUGCUCAGUCACACAUCAUCCUAG